AUGCCUCUGUUACCAACCAUUGAGGAAGAGAGUCAAAUGUCAUGGCUGCGCUUAUUUUGUCGCUAUCGAUUGCAAUUCCAGGCAAUGACCUCAGCUUCUGCUAUUUUCUUGGCUGGUGGCAUGAAAUUAGCUUGGUCUGUGUUUGAAACCCCAACUGUUAAUGCAAAGAGCAUAAUAACUUAUCAUCUCCUGACAAUAGCCUGGUUUGUUGGUGUGGCUGCUGGAGCAAUUAUGGCAUCGGCAUUUGUGCAGCGCGUUAGCAAGAAUGUUGCGCAUUGCAUAAGUGGCGCGCUUCUUCUGCUCGGCGGCGUUCUCUUUGUCAGCGCUCCCACUUGGUUCGCCUCGCUGCUGUGCAGUUGCCUGAUGGAAGGUUGUGCGUACGGCAUCAAUCAAAUACAAGGCCUUGUGACAGCCGGUGAGGUAGCACACAAAGACAUUCGUGGUUUAUUGGUUGCCAGUGAACGCAUUUUCCUUUGGCUGGGCAUCUGUCUACAACUACUCUGUACGCGCUUGUGGUUCGUAAUGGAACCAAUCAGCGGUUAUGCGUUGCACGUUAAUCAAUUACAUGGCUUCUUAGCGAUCGUGAUUGCAUUGUCUGCGCUCAUCUUCAACAUUCUCUAUCGCUUCGAAUCGCCCGUGCUGCUGAAGAUGCAGCAACGUAAUUUGGCCGCCACAUAUGUGAUGAAGCGUUUGCAAAGCGCGCCCUACCCCAGCAUUGAGGUAACACAAACGUGCGAGGAAUGUAAGCAGCUGCUGGAAUAUGAUGCCGGCCAAACAAUAUGGAUGGCAAUGCGCAAGAGCAACACCGUGCCGUUAUUAAAAGUGCUGCUGCUGCGUUGCUACGGUGCGAUUACGCUGUCAUUGCCAGUCAAUCGCACCUUCAUCACGGCCAGCAUGACUGGCUUGAAAUGUACCAUGAAUUGUGUUUAUCUGCUGGCACUUUGUGGUGUGCUUGGUAGCAUAGUGGGCGCUUUGUGCGUGGACAAAUAUGGACGACGGAAGAUCACCGUAAUUUCACUGUUAUUCUCUGGGAACUGCGCCUUUCUCAUGGGCGGCGUGCUGCACUACAUCUACGCGGAAAUUUCGACAAUUAUACUGCCGCAUCUGACAUUUGAGUUGGUCGUCUAUUUGAUGUUCUGCUAUCAGAUUUUUGCUUGCGCUGGUGUCGCGUUGGCUUCCAGUGUUUAUAUGGCAGAGGCAUUCACAACUUCGGUGAAAGCUAAGUGUUUGGCGACGCUGGUAGUGUGCGAGCAAGCUUUGCAAGUGGCUUUGGUCUUGACACUAUUCUAUGCCGAUUUUGCGGAGCCCCGAUUUUACUUCGCCAUAGGGGCGCUGGGCAUGGUCAUGGGCACAUUGGCGUUGUUUUUCUUACCUGAAACAAUGUAUUUGUCAUUAUACGAAAGUUUAGUGAAGUUCAACAAAGUUCCUUAAUACUUAUAAGUUAAGCUAAUGAUUCUAAUCGAAUUUAUGUAAAUGUAAGUUAAAAUAUAAGUGACUGUAUUUAUUUACGCGCACAGUGUAUUGCUUAAUUAGAAAUACCGCUUAUACACAUUUAAUUUUUUUUUUAUUUUUUGAAAAAUUAUUUAAUUUUACCUUUCCUUAUGUGAACAUGUGGCAA